AUGAGCCUCCUCUCGGGUUCUAAAGGUUCGUUUGAGCUUCCCACGGACGCCUUCGUUGCUUUUGACAUGGUGAAGACUGCCCUGGCCGACGCUACUCUCCUGACGCCUUCCUCUCCCAUCGUUCCCAUCUCCCUCAUGGUUGACUCCGCCAUUUUGCAGUCGGCGCGGUCCUUCGGUAACACCUUGCAGGUCAGACCUAACCCCGAGUUCUCUUCUUUUUCUUCCUCUUCCUUUUCUUCUUCUCCUCCCUCUUUUCCUCUUCUUUUUCUUCCUCUUCUUCUUCAGAAAGUUUUCGCCCAUCGAAGCGCGCUACUUGACAUUUGGGCGGGAGCUUCUUGCCGUCUACCUCCUCGUUAAACACUGUCGGCGGCGACUUCACUGUGCUCGCGAAUCACACACCCCUUUUCUUUGCUCUCAGACCGGAUUCUGACAAAAUCAACCACCUGGAGAUAUGCCAUCUGGACUAUAUAUCGCAGUUCACUGCAACCAUUCGCAAUCUUGACGAGUAACGGAAUGAGGUGGUUGACGAGCUGUCCAGACUCUCAAUCCCUCAUCCCACUUUCUCUCGAGAUCGAUCUCGAUGGGAUAGCUGCCAAACAAGGCCGUAUUAAUUUUUUCUAUGACGAGGACGUAACCGGACUCUAGCUCCAGGACCUCCCACUAAUUGCUGGCUAUGACACUAUUAUCUGCGACGUCUCCACCAUCGCCCACCGUCAUUUUGUGCCGACAUCCAGUAGCAGAUAGGUCUUGUCCUCCCCGCACAACCUGUCUCAACCUGGGAGUCGAUCUGCCGACAAGCCGGUCUCUGACAGUUUCGUCUGGCCUGAGAUGCACAAAGACGUGAAAGCCUGGACAUGGGCGUGUUUCAGUUGUCGGUGGAGUAAGGUCCAAUGGCACAACUAAGCUCCCAUUGGCACCUUCGCCAGCCCCGACGCAAAAUUCUGUCAUGUUCACCUGGACAUUAUUGGCCUCAUACCUUUGUCAAAAAGCUGUCUCAUUUCCUUACUUGUAUGGACUGUUUCACUCUGUGGUUGAAAGCUCUCAUUCUGCCCGAUGUCGCUGGUCCAAAGGUGGUCAAGGCCUUCUUCAGUCGUUGGGUUGCCAUUUUAGGUGCCAUCUGCACAAUUAAGACUGGUCGUGGUGCCCACGUUGAAUCCCACCUCCUCCAUUCUCUUGUCUCCUUUUGGGCCGUACUCAUAUCCGCACGUCAGCCUAUCACCCUGCCAUCAGCAGGAUGAUUAAGCGGUUUCGCCGCCAGUUAAAGACCUUCCCACGCACGCAGAGCCACCGGAGAACUGGACGGACCACUAUCCCCAGAUCCUAUCGGGCAUCCAUUCCACCCUUAUUUCGGAGCUUGAUUGUUCUAACACCAAACUGGUAUUCGGUUCCAGCGUCCGACUUCCGGGUGAGAUGAUCCCGCCAGUUCCUUAUGGCGCGGCCAAGGAUCCUACCAACUUCCCGCUCCUUUUCCGACAGCCUUUGCGGAAUCUGUUCACGAUUCGGCCCUGGCACUCGGUCUCCAAGUCUUAUCUCGAGAAUGACUUUGCGAAAUGCACUCACACUUAUUAACAACGUGCUCCAGUACGCCGGCCACUGCAACCCCCUGCAGCAACCCUUCCCAGGUUGCAUCGCGAGUGAUGAAGACGUUCCGGUCCCAACACGGAACUCACAAGGAGGUCAUGAGAGUAGAUCGUUUCAAGACUGCUAUUUCGAAGAGUCCUCCGCCCUGUCUACUACCUCUUUAGCCAUGUCCGCUACAACCAACCACAACUUCUUUAUCACGUCCAACCGCUCCAUCUGCAGUACAACCUCACUCCUCCGUUCCCCCACACAUAUAUCAUUCGCAGUGGGAGUCACGUUCAUUUACCUGAUCGUCUAGUUACUGAUUUUUCCAAUUGUCAUGCGUCCUUCGGCGUUGUCUUACAGUGCCCUGUGGCCUCAGGGUAAGGCGUACGGUGCCGAGGUGCCAGAUUAGCUGAUCUUUGAUAGUCUCCUGCCUUAAUUUUAACUGUCCCAUUUGUUUCAACGUAAUGAACACAACGCCACAGCUUGUCCCCAUCGUAUGCGGGCUUGACAGGAAGUUCGUAUGACUUGAAUAUUGAUUAUACAUACCUGGUGGUCUUUCCCUGUUGACGUAAUAAGACUGGUUAGAUGGCGUGAAAUCGCAACACCUAAGUCAUUAAUAGUGACUAUAGUGCUCGCCACAGGCCUCCCAUGGGUGCGCGGCUAUGUGUGUGAUUGUGUGGGAGGACACACGCAAGGGUAUUGGCAAUAUCAAAAGAGGUCUACGUACUGAAGUUUGGCUGCUCACUGCUGCCAGCGAAGCGCCACUCACUGGACUAGUUAAGGAGGAUAGAGGCAAGCGGGUAGGUGCAUCCACGGGUGCAUAGCUUGAACCACAUCCGAAAGUCAGUAAACGCAACGAAAGGCUGUUUCCGACUCCGUGAUGAUUAAGCAGGCCUACACACAGAAAUAGUGGGAUUCACCGUGUUCGGCAGGCAGCCGAUCAGUAAAUCAGGGUAAAGGAAUUCGGGAUAGUCAAAAAAUUUCGCGAAUGAGCACGAGGUAUUACAACUAUUGGAAAAUUAGUAAGCGCACAGUGACACAGGUUUUAAAGGUCCCGGUAACCAAAUACACAUGGGAAAAAGGGAACCGAUGCGAUCACUUUGGCAUCGUUAAUUUGAGUGCGUUAGGAUGCUACGGUAGGUGGCAAAGCAUAUGCAUGUACAUUUACCGGAGCCUGGAUGAGCACGUUGAUAACCACAACAAAGCCUACGAAAAUGACGUGGUUCACUGUGACCCACUGGCUGCCAUUCGCUGGAUCAGGUAGGCGGAUCCGCGAUUAGCAACCACGUCGAGGCUUAAGAAUUAAGAAGCUCGCCAGGAGUGCCCAGUGUGUUGUUUACUGAAAACCUAAAGGUCACACCGAUAGACCGGCUUUGGAGGCUGCAUUCACCGAACAAGUCAACGUAGCUGUGUUAACAGGGACUGUGUCGACGCCGCCGAAUUAGACUGACAGGCUUGCAGUAAGCCGGACAAUUAUAUGAAAGGCGCUCGUAACAUGGCCUAUGUCGUCAAGUUGGUGACUGCACUCAGACGCAAAUCCACGAUAAGCUUAUAGAUUAAAUGGUUCACUGUGGCUGUGCCUGCGAAUACGUAUACCAUUCACCCUGUUUGUGUGAAACCCUGGAAUGUGUGUGUGGGGGGCCAGAUGGCGUGUGCGCGUAUGGGGGCCUGAUAGUGUGUGUGAAUGCGCAGAGUGGGCUGUUUUUAGCUCUGUCAGCCAUCUCUCCCAAUCUCAACAUCAGUUGGUCGACCGGCUAGGACAAUCAAAUGCCACCCUACCGAUGAAGGGACGACUAAAAACCCUACCGAACAACAUCUACUUUUGAAGAUAUUGUGAGAAGCUCUCCACAGUUUUACCAUAAUCCUCACGUAUAUUUAACCCUUACCAAAUUAUGCUUAAUUGCGCUUGCCAGCAAGUCCUAGCUAUCGGAUGCUUCUAGGUGGUAGACAGGCAAAACCUUACAGGCGAGAGAGAGGGCCACGGCAAUAGUUGUGGAACGAUUGCCAGAACAUCUGACGGAGAGCCAGUGUGGCUUCCGACGACGCCGCGCAAUCACCGAUAUGAUCUUCGCUACCAAUCAGCUACGAGAGAAGUGCCAGGAGAUGCGGACUCCCCCCCACACAACUUCGUGGAUCUAACGAAGACCUUUAAUAUGGUGACUGGCGAGUGACUGUGGAAAAGCAGGCAAAAGUUCGGCAAUUCUGAACGAUUCGUGCACAUGGUACGUCAGCUCCACAACUGGAUGACGGAGUGUGUCACGGACAACGGCGCGAUCUCCGAGGUAUUCGCAGUGACCAUUGGAGUAAUACGGGGCUGCGUCCUCGCGUCGGCCCUCUUCAGUCUCACAUUCUCCGUCAUGCUGAUGGACGCCGACCGUGAUGUGCUUCUCGGAAUACGCAUUGCCUACAGAACUGAUGGGCACCUUCUCAACAGCAGGAGUAUGAAGACUCCCACGCGACUAUACACGACCUGCUCAUCGCCGACGACUGCGCACUUAACACCACAACCGAAGUAGACAUGCAACGGAGCAUGGACCUCCUCGUCGUCGGGUUCGCCAACUUCGGCCUGACUAUCAACGCGGACAAAACGGUGGUCAUGCAUCAACCCUCAGCCAACACGCAGCACUGCGCUCCUCCUUGA